CCCUCGCGAUCAUCAUGCAACGCCUGGCCCCUGUGCCAGCCCAACCCUUCGUGCGCGUCCCCUCCACCUCUGAUCUGUCCCAUUAUUUUUCUCCCCAAUCCUCUUCUUCCGCGACGCCCCCCUUGAUCACUUCCGAUCCGAUUGGUCAUUGCAUCCGCGUUGAGCGCGCGCGCGCGCUGCCACCUCGCCGCAUGAGACCUGCCGCGCCGUGCGCCGCCGGUCGCCCUAGUAGCCGUCGCGAGCUGGAUGAGCCAGCAGCUACCGCGACGAUGAGGAUCACGGUGCGGACGCUGCGCGGGGAGCGGGUGGCGCUGGACGUCGACGGCGUCGCCACGGUGGCGCAGGUCAAGGGCAUGGUCGCGGCCAGGGAGGGCGUCGCGGCGGACAUGCAGCGGCUCUUCUUCGCCGGCCGGCACCUCGACGACGACGCACUGCCCGUCGCGCACUACGGCGUUCGGCACGGCUCCGUCGUCUUCCUCAGCCUCCGCCUCCGCGCCGAUUCCUCGCAGCAGGAGAUGCGUAACGUGCAAAUGCAGCCAGAACAACAACCUGUGACAGCGAGGCAACUGAUCGAUCAGCAACAGCAACAGCUGAUUGUUUUCGAUGGCGAUGGCCACCACGAGGCCGCGAGAGGCCGUGGCGGCGGCGAGGAGGCCAUCAUCAAGAGGAAGCCGGUGUCGCGGCGCUCGCUCCGGAAGAUCCUGUCGCGGCUGCACGUGGACGUGUGGACGGCCCAGCACGACGCCAAGUUCCUGGACCUGCUGCACCGGCACACGCGCGGCGGCGGCGGGGACAGGCGGUCCGUGGGCGACCUGACCGCGGACGACUGGCGCGCCAUCCGCGCCGAGCUUAACGCGGCGACGGCGUCCGCGUUCCCCGUCGACGAGCUGCAGCGGCGGCUGGCCGAGUUCCGGCGCGAGUUCAACGCCGUGAGCCGGAUCAAGGAGCACCACCGGUUCAGCUACGACGCGCGCCGCCGGGUCGUCGUUGCCACGGAGGCCGAGUGGAAGCGCUACGUACUGGAGAACCCGGGGGCGGUGGCGUACGAAGGGAAGAGCCCGCACUUCGGUCGCCUCCGUGCGAUCUUCUCCGGCGUUGGCGUCGGUGGUGCGGAGAUGCGUGGCGCGCGCGGCGUGGCCAAGCAGUGCCGAGAGUCCCGGGCGAAGAGAUGCCUGGGCAAACUGCUGCGAAGCUUUGGGCUCCGAUGUAAGUUGUAAAUAUAUUUUGGACACGGUAAGUGGUGUUGUGUUAACACUUGGGCCAACCCAAAUCGUAUGUACUAGCAUGGAGAGGCACAAUUCCAGUCAGCUCGAAGUUUUUCCUUC